AUGGUAGAGAAAAGAGAGUAUGCAUCGUGGACAGAAGAAGACGUUAUCAAAUACCAAGAAAAAUUGGAGGAAGAAUUGGAAAACAGAGAAAAAAAGGGCUGGAAAAGCGGUACAGUGGAUGAGGAUUGGAAAGAAAUAAAAAAGAUUGUGGACAAGGCUAUAGUGAAAAAAGAAGUGACAGUGAAGAAGUGGAGGUUAGGAAUGAAGAGAUGGUGGGACAAAGAAUGUGGUAAAGAAAAAAGGAAAGUGAAAGUCAUGUAUAGGAACUGGAAAGAAGAAAAAGGUAGCAGAGAGCAGUAUGUAGAGGAAAGGAAAAAAUGGAGGAAGCUGUGUAUAAACAAGGAAGUGUGUUUCAAAGAGAAGGAAGAGGCAGUGCUGAGAAGUUUGAGGACAGAGGAGCAAGUGUGGAAAUUUUUAGGAAGAAGAAAACAAGGCCAGAAGAUUGAAUGCAAUAUAAAGAGUGAGGAGUGGAAAAAAAGUUUCAUGGACUUGCUUGAAGGAACAGAAGUGUGCCAAAAGGGAGAAGGAAGAAAGGUAGCAAGUGUGGAAGGAGAAAAAAUAGGUGAAGAAGAAUUUAACAAUGUACUAAGAAGAUUGAAAAGGAGAAAAGCGCCAGGAAUUGAUGGAAUUCAGAACGAGGCAUGGAAUAAUAGUGGAAAGCUAAGGAGUAAACUUAAAGGAAUCUUAGAUAGGAUAUGGAAAGGCGAAGAGAUACCAGAGGAUUGGAAAACUGCGGUUAUAGUGCCCUUAUAUAAAAAAGGAGAGGUAAAUAAUACAAGUAACUACAGAGGAAUCUCACUGCUGCCAACAGCGUACAAAAUUUAUACAGAGAUAAUAAGAGGAAGGUUGGUGAAGGAAUUGGAUGAGAAGAAAGUUUUACCAGAAGGACAAGCCGGAUUUAGGAAAGGGAGAUCUACAAUGGACAAUCUUUUUGUAAUGAAAUAUUUAGUUCAAAAGGCAAAGAAGGAUAAGGAGAAGAUUUAUGCAACAUUCAUAGACUUGAAGAAAGCGUUUGACACAGUAAACAGGAAAAAACUAUGGGAAUGUAUGAGCAGAUUAGGCAUAAGUGAUUAUUUGAUAGAAAGGAUUAAGCAGUUGUACUAG